CGUGCGCCUCUUGUGCUGCUGCUACCUCCAAAUAAGAGCAGCGGCGCGGAUCAGCAGCAAGCAGCGGCCCUCGGAGCCCCAGAAAAAGGUUGCAAGGUCAGGUCCUGCGAUGGGAUGUAGUCCCUCUUGGAUGAGUGAAGGAAAGAGAGAAAAUCAGCGCAAGUGUCUUUUGAAAAAUACGUAUUAGCCUACGUCUUGUGCAGAGCAAGCAGUCAGCCUUUUCCUGAACCGAAAUGUCGGAUGUCACCUCAGCUACUUCAACCCCUCCUCAGAUUGUCAACCCCCCACCUCCUGAGGUAACAAACCUCACUAAACCUGGCCGCAAGACUAAUCAGCUACAGUACAUGCAAAAUGUAGUGGUCAAGACGCUGUGGAGGCAUCAGUUCGCAUGGCCCUUCUACCAGCCUGUUGAUGCUGUCAAGCUGGGGCUGCCGGAUUAUCACAAGAUAAUAAAAAAUCCAAUGGAUAUGGGUACCAUCAAGAAAAGACUGGAGAAUGUGUACUACUGGAGUGCCAGCGAGUGUAUGCAAGACUUCAAUACGAUGUUUACCAACUGUUACAUCUACAAUAAGCCAACAGAUGACAUUGUUUUAAUGGCUCAAGCCUUGGAGAAGAUUUUCCUGCAGAAGGUGGCCUUGAUGCCCCAGGAGGAGGUUGAGUUACUCCCUCCAGCACCUAAGGGCAAGGGCCGCAAACCAGCACCAGGUCAGCCGGAAGGAGCUGUAACGUCUGGCUCUCCACCCUCGGCUUUCCCAGGUGCUACCUCUCCAGCCCCCCAAACGCCAGUUAUCUCCCCUCCUGCAGUGCCUACCAUCACGCCGAGUACGCCCACUGUACAGAAUACGACAGCUCCCUCAAUCAUGCCUGGCCUGCCCCCCUCGCAGCCUGUCAUCAAAAAGAAAGGGGUGAAGAGGAAAGCAGACACCACCACCCCGACUACGUCUGCUAUCACAGCCAGCAGGAGUGAAUCGCCCACCCCUCUCUGCGAAGGCAAGCAGGGCAAAGUGGCCUCUCGGAGGGAAAGCACUGGUCGGCCAAUCAAACCUCCCAAGAAGGACCUGGAGGAUGGUGAGGUGGGGCAGCAUGGAGGCAAACGUGGCCGGCUGACUGAACACCUCAAGUAUUGUGAUACCAUCCUCAAAGAAAUGCUCUCCAAAAAGCAUGCCGCAUACGCCUGGCCAUUCUACAAACCUGUUGAUGCAGAGGCACUUGAACUGCACGAUUACCAUGACAUUAUCAAACACCCUAUGGACUUAAGUACAAUCAAAAAAAAGAUGGACAGUCGGGAAUACCAGGAUGCACAGAGCUUUGCUGCAGAUGUGCGAUUAAUGUUCUCAAAUUGUUACAAGUACAACCCACCUGAUCAUGAGGUUGUAGCAAUGGCUCGAAGACUACAAGAUGUGUUUGAGAUGCGCUUUGCUAAGAUGCCAGAUGAGCCAGUGGAGGUAAAUGUGCCUGGUGGGGCUGGUGGGGCUGGUGUGGUCAGUAAGAGCACUGCAAGCAGCGAGAGCAGCGGCGACUCCUCCACCUCUGAUAGCUCAGACUCCGAGGAGGAGAGAGCUACGCGGCUUGCUGAGCUGCAGGAACAGGUGGGUGCGGAACAGCUAAAAGCUGUCCAUGAGCAGCUAGCUGCUCUCUCACAGGCUCCUGUCAGUAAACCAAAGAAGAAGAAAGAGAGGAAGGACAAAGACAAGAAAAAGAAGGAUAACAAGCACAACAAAGCCAAACCUGAGGACGACAAAAAGCCUAAAGCAGUUCAACCUACGAAACCGGCUCAGCCGAAGAAGGGCCCGGCUAGGAAAGCUAACAGCACUAUUCCUGGCAACAGCAGGCAACCAAAGAAGGGAGCCAGAGGAGGGCCAGGCUACGAAUCGGAUGAUGAAGACUCUGCGCUGCCCAUGACAUAUGACGAGAAGCGGCAGCUGAGCCUAGACAUUAACCGGUUGCCAGGGGAGAAGCUUGGCAGGGUGGUGCACAUCAUCCAGUCCAGGGAGCCCUCGCUGCGGGACUCCAACCCUGACGAGAUUGAGAUCGACUUUGAGACGCUCAAACCCUCCACCCUACGCGAGUUGGAACGCUACGUUAAGACUUGUUUACAGAAGAAACAGAGAAAACCUCUACAGAAAGGCGGCUCUGGGCCAGGCUCAGGCCCGUCCCGACUCAGCGGCAGCAGCAGCUCUUCAGAUUCGGGCAGCAGUAGCUCCAGUGGCUCCACUUCAGACAGCAGUGACUCUGACUGAUGUUUUUGUUUUGUUUUGUUUUUUUAUUUACAUUUUUACUUCCUUUUUUUUCCUUUUUUAAACGUAUGCAGUUGUGGUUGUUUCUCUGAGACUUUUUUAAGAGAGGGGAAAAAAAAGAAACAAUGAAAAUGCAUCAUGUCUUUUUUUCCUUCAUAUGAAAUACCAUAACAGGGGGGAAAAAAAAAUAUAUAUAUAUAUAUAUAUAAAAAAAAAUAGAUAUCUCGUUUCCACUGACUCUGAAAGAGAUGUCCAGAUCAACCAAACUAGAACUAUGAACAAAGAAAACCUUCAGUGAGGCAUACUUGGGAAGAAACGAAACCUUCCUGACUCAAGCGCUGAUAUUUUGCAAAUGGGUUGGCAUUACAAACAAACCAAUGGCAUCUCUGUGCAAGAGAGAGAUAACGGAAGCUCGCAGAACUUUCUCCUCUUUCAUCCCCCUUGAUUUGACCCACUUCAGCCUCUCUUCUGCAGGCGGUGUUGUAUUUAUUUUUUUGUUCUCUCUACUUUGUUGUUGCUUUUCAUUUUCUCCUCCGAAGCCUUAGUGUUGUUAAUGAAUUUUAUUUUUUAAGUUUUUUUUUUUUUUCUUGAACUGCCAGAAAGUUUUGUAUUUUAUGUUCAUAAAAAUUCAAUCAUGUGGUGUCUGUGUUGGCGUGCAUGUUCAUAUAAGGCUCAGUAAUCUAGUGAAUCAAUACUUGGUUCUAUUAAAUAUCAUAACUUAUUUGUUUCAGCCUUUUAGAUUUAGAAAUAGUGGAUGAUUCUAGGUUACAUACUCAUGAGAAGGGUGUGGAAAAAGAAAAUGUCAACUGAGCAUUGUGGGUAUUGGUCAUCCUUCUUUGCUGCACCAUCUUCAGAAGUGAAUGUACGCGACCCCAAAUCGCUCCACCCUUCUAUGACUGAUGUCUAGAUCUCCACCGGCUUUUGCAGCUGGAAGUUGUCUGUUAACGGCCCAAUACAUGCGUCUGGCAGCAGAUAAUCCAUCUACUUUUGAGCGCUUGGUUAAUGUUUUAUGGUAUAGACCUUUCUAGGAAGUGUUGCUCACUUAUGAAUGUUUCCUCUGAACCUUUGGACAAUGAUCAAUGAAUCACAGUCUUCCUUCGAGCAUACUCAUGCAAAAGUGAUUUCUGAAUGUAAAACAAUAGCAGGUUUCACAUCACAAGUCUAUUUGAAAGGAAUAAAUGAACGUUUAUGGUCCCAGUAAA